GUAAUUUGGUAAGGAGGAUGAAGCAUUAAAUAGCCUUGUAAUUUGGUAAGGAGGAUGAAGCAUUAAAUAGCAUUUUCCUUUUACUAAACAGAAUCUAAAUAUUCACUUCAAUUUGCCUUCAUAUGAACAUUUAGGAAAUGAGCUAGGUGCUUCAUUUGUUUUAUACCUUUGUUUUUUUAUUUUCCUUUUGCCAUCAAAACUCCUUCACACACACACAAAAACACACUUCACCCUGCUUUCAAGAUGGAAAACAUCCAACACAGUAAUGUAGAAGUGAAAGGACUAAAGCUGCAUGUAGCUGAGAUUGGAACUGGUGAUAAGGUAGUGGUUUUCUUACAUGGAUUCCCAGAAAUAUGGUAUACAUGGAGACACCAAAUGAUUGCUGUUGCAAAUGCUGGUUACCGUGCUAUUGCCUUUGAUUUUAGAGGCUAUGGACUUUCUGAUCAUCCAGCAGAACCAGAGAAAGCAAAUUUAAUGGACCUUGUUCAUGAAGUCAAGGAUCUUUUAGAUUCACUAGGUAUCAGCAAGGCUUUCCUUAUUGGUAAGGACUUUGGUGCCCUCCCAGCAUAUCUUGUAGCUGCUGUCUAUCCUGAAAAAGUAGCUUCAGUCAUUACUUUAGGUAUUCCUUUCAUGCUUCCUGGUCCUUCUGUUGUCCAGAACCAUCUUCUUCCAAAAGGCUUCUACAUUACUAGGUGGCAGGAACCUGGGAGGGCAGAAGCAGAUUUUGGCCGAUUUGAUGUUAAGUCGGUUAUAAGGAACAUUUAUAUUCUGUUUUCGAAAAGUGAGAUUCCAGUAGCAGGUGAUGAUCAAGAAAUCAUGGACUUGUUUAAUCCAUCUACUCCUCUCCCAUCAUGGUUCUCUGAGGAAGACUUGACAGUUUAUGCAUCACUAUAUGAAAAAUCUGGCUUCAGAUUUGCAUUGCAGGUUCCAUACAGGUCUGUGACAGUGGAAAGUGGUCUAACUGAUCCUAAAAUCAAUGUUCCUGCACUACUGAUAAUGGGUGAGGAAGACUAUUUCUUCAAGUUUCCUGGCAUGGAAGACUACAUCAGAAGUGGAGUGGUGAAAAAUUUUGUGCCAGACUUGGAAACUAUAUAUAUUCCAGAAGGAAGCCAUUUUGUUCAUGAACAAUUCCCAGAAAAAGUGAACAAGAUCAUCAUUGAGUUCCUUGACAAACAAACUAUCUGAUUCUGAUUGUGAUUGUGAUUGUGAUAAUGGAGUCUAAGAGUCUUAUGCUUAAUGUUGUACUUCUUCGGUUCUUAAUUACUUGUCGCUUAUCGAUUUUGUAGAAAAAUAAUGUUUCUAUUUCCUUGUCAAUUUUAAAGUUCAAUGUAACAUUUAUUAGUAUUUUGUCAA